CACUCGUCCUAACCAGCCCAAUCCGGAGUAACCACAUCCGGUCAGUGCCUUUUGAAUCCUAUAUCUUUAACGGGAAAGACGGAUUGAAAUAGACAGCAUGCAAAAGACCCUUUUUCUCCUGUCAACACCUCAUCCUCUAGGUUAUUAAGAUGGUAGGAGGUGCAGAUUAUUAGAGGAAAUUUUUGAACUUUCUAUGAUAAUGGUAGUUGGAAAGAAAAAAAUUGGUUUCCAUCAAUGUAUUUGCUUAUGAAACUAGGUUUCGUUACCUACUGUUUAUUGUCAAUACACAUGUUUUGAUACAAAAUUUCGUGUAAUGAAAUGAUUGACCCCAUCUUGGAAUCCAAAUGAUACAAAACCGGGAAUGGUUAUUUGGUGGAUAACAUUUAGAGUAAUCUUGAUCAUUUGGAUUUUGGACAACUAUGCAAUUUUAAUCCAUGAUAUUGCAUCAUGGAUUAUUAUUCAACAAUAAUUUUAUCUUGAUGUUGAAUAAAAUUCUGCUUACGCCGGGAAAAAAAAUGGUGAUCACAUUUUGCUCUACUCAUGUCUCUAAAUAUGUGCACGUUCCUGAUGCUGGCAGGCUGCUCUCCCCAAUCCCGGCUGUGGCGCUGACCCGCGACCGCGAAGCAGACGCGGCCAUGAUCAAGGCCCUGCUGGAGAAGGGCGACCUGGUGGUCUGCCCCGAGGGAACCACCUGCAGGGAGCCUUUCUUGCUGAGGUUCAGCGCCUUGUUCGCCGAGCUCAGCGACCGGAUCGUCCCCGUGGCGAUGGACUGCAAGCAAGGCAUGUUCUACGGGACGACGGUCCGCGGGGUCAAGUUCUGGGACCCUUACUUCUUCUUCAUGAACCCGAGGCCGAGGUACGAGGUGAGUUUCCUCGAGAGGGUGCCGGCGGAGAUGACGGUGAAGGCCGGCGGGAAGUCGUCGAUCGAGGUGGCGAACUACGUGCAGAGGAUGCUGGGAGACGUGCUAGGGUUCGAGUGUACUGGGCUGACGAGGAAGGAUAAGUAUAUGCUGCUUGGUGGGAACGACGGGAAGGUGGAGUCCAUUCAUAAUGCCAAGAAGGCUGUAUGAUGCUUAAUUACUACUACUACUCCUAGUAAUUGGGAAUUAUUUACUGUUAUUAUUGUUAUAGAAUUUGUAUGUGGUGGUGAGUGUGCUCAUGCAAUGGGCUGCAUAUUUUUUUUUUUAAUGUGGAUGAUUUGGUCAAGUGAGGAGAACGGAUCAUGUAAUAAUAAUGAUUUUAAAGUUGUGGAUGUUGGCUAGCUAGCUGUUGUAGAAUUGUGUCUGCAUUUUGUUGAUUUUCUAUGUCCUCAUGUUCUAUUGGAUUUUGGCUGAUUCAAUCAUUUGGAAUCACACAGAAAAAGAAGGAAUUUUGAGCUCUGGCCUUUCAAUUUUUGAAAACCACAAAAGUCGGAUUUCAAAAUAGCGCUAAUCGCAGCUAUUUUGAAAUUGUUAGAAGUUUUAUCCACUUAAUUAAUGUAAAUGAACGGC